AUGGACGACAAGAUACUUGCCGCUUCGGCUAAACACCCUAUUGUUGCCGACCUUGUCUACAAGUAUGGUACUGCCGGCUUCCGCAUGAAGGCUGAUCUUCUCGAUGGUGUCUCGUUUCGCGUAGGUCUUCUCGCCGCUCUGCGCAGCCGCCGCCUCAAUGGUCAGGCUAUUGGUGUCAUGAUCACCGCCAGCCACAACCCUGCCCCCGACAAUGGCGUUAAGAUCGUCGACCCCAUGGGCGAGAUGCUUGAGCAAGACUGGGAGGCCCAUGCCACGCGCCUUGUCAACUGCACCUCGGAUCAGGACCUGCUCGACACCUACAAGACCCUCGCCACCCAGCUCAAAGUCGACCUCUCGGCCCCCGCCCGCAUCAUUUGUGGCCGCGAUACUAGACCUUCUGGCCACGGCCUUGCCGCUGCCCUCGCUGACGCUUGCGAGGCCACCGACUCCGAGUACACUGACUUCAAGAGGGUCACCACCCCGCAACUCCAUUACCUGACGCGCUGCAUCAACACCGAGGGCACCCCCAAAUCCUACGGCAAGGUCAGCAAGGCAGGCUAUAAUGAGAAGCUGUCCGGGGCCUUUGUUCGUGCUCUCCGCGGCCGCAAGAUAAAGGGCCAGCUGACCGUCGACUGUGCCAACGGCGUCGGUGGCCCUGAGCUGUCGGAGUUCCUCAAGUUUGUUCCUAAGGAUGUCACCGGCUUUGACGUCCGCGUCGUCAACGAUGAUGUCCUGAGGCCCGAAGUCCUCAACCUCGACUGUGGUGCCGAUUUUGUCAAGACCAAACAGCGUGCCCCGCCGAGCCCCCAGCCUGUUCCCGGGGUCCGUGGCUGCUCCUUGGACGGCGAUGCCGACCGUCUGAUCUACUACUGGCUGGACCCCGACACGGGCUUCUUUAUGCUCGACGGCGACCGAAUCUCUUCCCUCAACGCCUCCUUUAUCGGCGACCUUGUCCGCUCUGCUGGACUCGAGGACGAACUCCGCAUCGGUGUUGUCCAGACGGCCUACGCCAACGGUGCCAGCACCACCUACAUUCAGAAACACCUGCAGUUGCCCGUUGUCUGCACCCCAACCGGCGUCAAGCAUCUGCACCAUGCCGCUUGCCAGUUUGAUAUCGGUGUUUACUUCGAGGCUAAUGGCCAUGGUACUGUCGUCUUCUCUCAGGAUGCCACACGCCUCUUCCGUGAGAAGGAGCCCCAGUCUCCCGCUCAGAAGGACGCUCUCGAGACCCUCAGUGCCGUCUCCGACCUCAUCAACCAAACCGUUGGCGACGCCAUCUCCGACAUGCUCAUGAUCGAGGUCAUUCUUGCUCACAAGGGAUGGUCCCUUAAGGACUGGGCCAUGACCUACACCGACCUGCCCAACCGCCUUGUCCGCGUCGAGGUCGGUAACAAGGACCUCUUCCAGACCACCGACGCCGAGCGCCGUCUCAGCCACCCUCCCGGCCUGCAGAAUGAGAUCGACGAGUGUGUCAAGAAGUACAGCAACGCACGUUCGUUCGCCCGCGCUUCCGGAACCGAGAAUGCCUGCCGCGUGUACGCCGAAGCUGCAACGCGAUCCGAAGCCGAUGAGCUGGCCAACAAAGUUGCUCAGCUCAUUAAACAGUUCGGAGCCUAG